AUGGACUACGAUCUCAAGGAUUUAAACGUAGAUGGGUUUGUGACCGUUGGCGAGGAUCGAGUACGGAUUAAGGACAUGUCAGACAUCCUCGCUUCGCGAUAUGCAUUUCUUACAAGCGCUCGCACCAAUGAGGGCAUGUCGAUAAUCACAUUCCCAGAUUCCCGAACCGUAUUGUCGUUCGAGGAUUACCAGACCUUGAUAACCUACUUACUGCAGGUUCCACCACUAGAAGACAGUCACAAGGGUUUUGUGGUGAUUGUGGAUCGACGAAACGAUAAAUGGUCUUCGGUCAGGGCACUCUUCCUCCAGAUCACCUCAUUCUUCCCUGGAACGAUACGAGUGGUGUUUCUCUUGAAACCGGAAGGUGUACUACAGAGAGCGCUCGAAGUUGGUUAUCGAGCAAUAGCCGAAAAUUGUUCUUUCAAGGUAAUAACAUGCGAUUCAUCCGUUGAGCUGAGGCGAUUCUUGAGGGCUGAGCAGCUCACAAUGGACAUAGGAGGUCUGAUCAAAUACAACCAUCUCGAAUGGGUUCAGCAUAGAAUGGACAUCGAGCGUAUGAAGUCGUCAGCGUCGGCUAUAGCCCAAUCACUGAGCGACUUUGGACGAGUUCUCCGUGAAACAGAACUUCCCAACGAUGUUGAAACUACCGCCAGAAUACUACAGAUUCAAACAGCAGAAAGGGAUGCGAUCAAGGAAGAUUUCCGAAUAUCCGUGCGAAAGGGAUUGUCGCUGCUGCGUGCGGUACGACAGAUCGAGUCGAAACCCAAACACGAACUGCUUAGUCCAACCCGACUACACAAUGUCACCGCCAUCGAACGGAUGCUUGUACAACUAGUUCGA